UGAAUAUGCUAGCGGUGAAUGUCCUAUGGGCUGUCCUUUGGAUCGCCCCCCAGGCUCUGGCGCUGGACACCUGCGCAGGGCAGUCGUUCGGAUCUAGAGCAGUCGACCCGGAAGAUUCCCGUUCGUAUAUUCUGUGCCUGGGCUUCCUAGGCCAGAUUAAGAACACAUGCAAUGAUGGAUAUUUAUUCGAUGCCCAAACUCAGGGCUGUGUGGCUGAGGGCCAAGUAAUUCAUAAGGCAGAAAAGAAAAAGGAAAAGGACGAGGCCAAGAAAGCAGUGAAUAUCAGGCAAAAAAUAAGUGUGGAUAGGCCCGUGAUAUUUAACAUCUUCGGAAACUUGAAUAUCUUCGGAAGUCUUUGGGGUAAUUCCCAAGAACCGACUACUUUAAGACCUCCAAACUCAAAAUUUUCAUUGGAAAAUUCGCCAGAGGGAAUUGCGUCCAGCCCAGUGGAUAUCUCUAGCUUAUUUCAUACGGAUCUUUAUGCCUUGGCUGAUGCAUCAUCGUCGGAAAUACAGCUUAAAGGUCUUGCAAAUGAAGAUCCCUCUGAUUCCAGCUCGGAGCCAACGCCGGAAAGUUCCACACCGGAAAAUGGCCAGGAUUCGGAAAGUUCACUGACCACUGAAGGACAGCAAGAAGAGUUAAAAUCAAGUUCGGAGAGUCCGUUGUCCACGGAAGCAUCAACAGUCGAGGAGUCGACUUCCACUGCAUCUGCCGUAGAAAGUUCCACCCAGGAUAGUAUCUCAAGCUCGGAAAAUCCCUUGACGACUGAGGCUUCCUCUGAAGAUGUAAGCUCAAGCUCCGAAGAUCCGCAGUCUACCAGCGCUGCAGAUGAUUCAUCCACAACAGAAUCUCCUCCAGAAAAAUCAACGCAAGAAAGCGACUCAAGCUCUGAAAAUCCUUUGACCACUGAAGCAUCCUCUGAAGACAUUAGCUCAAGCUCCGAAGAUCCACUAUCCUCCACGGAAUCUCCAUCAGAAAGUUCAACAUCGGAAAAUCCGUUGACCACUGAAGCAUCCUCUGAAGACAUCAGUUCGAGCUCCGAAGAUCCGUUAUCAAGUAGCCCAGCAGAAGAUUCAUCCUCAACAGAAUCUCCAUCAGAAAGUUCAACACAAGAGAGUGAAUUGAGCUCCGAAAAUCCUUUGACCACUGAAGCAUCCUUGGAUGACAUCAGCUCAAGCUCCGAAGAUCCGCUGUCCUCAACAGAAUCUCCAUCAGAAAGUUCAACACAAGAGAGCGACUCAAGCUCGGAAAAUCCUUUGACGACUGAGACAUCCUUGGAAGAUAUCGUCUUAAGCUCCGAAGAUCCGCUGUCUACUAGCGCUGUAGAAGAAUCAUCCUCAACAGAAUCUUCACCAGAAAGUUCAACACAGGAAAGCACAUCAAGCUCAGAAAAUCCUUUGACAACUGAUGCAGAUAUCGGCUUAAGCUCCGAAGAUCCGCAUUCCUCAACGGAAUCUCCAUCAGAAAGUUCAACACAAGAGAGUGACUCGAGCUCCGAAAAUCCUUUGACCACUGAAGCAUCCUUGGAUGACAUCAGCUCAAGCUCCGAAGAUCCGCUGUCCUCCACGGAAUCUCCAUCAGAAAGUUCAACCUCGGUAAAUCCUUUGACCACUGAAGCAUCCCCUGAAGACAUCAGCCCGAGCUCCGAAGAUCCGCUAUCCUCAACAGAAUCUCCAUCAGAAAGUUCAACACAAGAGAGCGACUCAAGCUCCGAAAACCCUUUGACCACUGAAGCAUCCUUGAACGACAUCAGUUCAAGCUCCGAAGAUCCUCUCUCAACGUCUCCUGUAGAAGAUUCAUCCACAACAGAAUCUCCUUCAGAAAGUUCAACUCAGGAAAGCAUCUCAAGCUCGGAAAAUCCCUUGACAACUGAUGCAUCUUCGGAAGACGGUUCCAGCUCAUCAACCUCAUUAACCACAGAAGCUUCACUUGAAAGUUCAACCGAAGAAAACGUGGCCAGUACGGAAAAUACAUCGUCCACAGAACCAGAACCAGAAAGUUCUACGGAGGCUUCUAAUGACAGCACAGAAAUACAGUCGUCAACAGAAUCUUCCCCAGAAAGCUCAACAGAGGAAAAUAAUUCGAGUUCUGAGAGUCCGUCAACCGCAGAACCGCAGGAAAGUUCAACGGAAGCGAAUAUAUCUAGCACGGAAAUUUCUUCGGAAAGUCCAUUAUCUACUGAACCUUCACAAAGCACGGAAAUUCAGUCGUCCACAGAAUCAUCACCAGAGAGUUCUACGGAAGCGAACUCCAGUACUGAAAUUUCUCCCUCAGAAAGUACCACGGAAAACAUAAAUACUAGUUCCGAAACUCCUUCGGGCACAGAUCCUAUAGAAAGCUCAACUGAAGAAAGUAUUUCCAGCACAGAGCCCUCAGAUGCUUCUACAGGGACCACAGAUAAUAACUGGGGAUCUGGAAAUGAUGGCUCCGGACACAGAUCUUCAACAGAACCAUCUCCUCCAAGUAGCACAGAGGAAAGUGUACUCAGCUCUGAGAAUCCGUUGACCACCGAACCAACAUCAGAGAGUACAACUGAAGAGAACGCGUCCAGCUCCGCCAACCCAGCAACGGAUGUUCCAUGCACCACUGUUACACCUCCAGAAAAUUCUACCAAGAUUCCAGAAAGUCCAUCUACCUCAGAACCAACACAAGAUACCACAGAAAGAGAUGGGGGCUCUGGAAAUGCAGGCUCUGAAAAUGGUAACCCUGGAGCCGGGACUUCAACGGAACCAUCACAGCAAAGUUCUACAGAACCCACAAUCGAAGGUACCACAGAGGAGAAUGUGAACGGUUCCUCUAACCCACCAACGGAUGUACCUUGCACUACUCUGCAACCUCCAGAAAAUUCAACUGAAAUUCCAGAAGUUCCAUCUACAUCAGAAUCAUCACAAGAUACCACAGAAAGAGAUGGUGGCUCUGGAAAUGGUGGCUCUGAAAACGGUAACCCUGGAACCGGGACUUCAACUGAACCAUCACAGCAAAGCUCAACAGAACCCACAAACGAAGGUACCACAGAGGAGAAUGUGAGCAGUUCCUCUAACCCACCAACGGAUAUACCUUGCACUACUCUGCUACCUCCAGAAAAUUCAACUGAAAUUCCAGAAGUUCCAUCUACCUCAGAAUCAUCACAAGAUACCACAGAAAGAGAUGGUGGCUCUGGAAAUGCUGGCUCAGAAAAUGGUAGACCUGGAACUUCAACUACAGAACCCACAUCACAAGGAACCACUGAAGAGAAUAUAGCCAGUUCUGAAGCUCCAAUCACUAAUCCGUGUAACACUGUUGCACCGCAAAAUCCCUCAAAUUCAGGACCAUCAAGGAAGCUUCAAAAGGAAUCCGAGAAGACCAACGAUAACACGAAUGUAGAACGCACAGUUUGUAGUAACUUGCCAAAUGGAAUUUUUCUCAGGGAUCCAAAAUCUUGCAGUAAAUAUUAUAUUUGUUUGAAUGGUAAACCAAUUCCCGGCAAAUGUCCCAGCAAUCUCAGCUUUGACAUUAAGAGAAAAGUGUGCAAUUUUGCCAAUUUAGUGGAUUGUUCUGUUAAUGAAUUACCAGAGGUACCUGUUUCGACAGAAAAUCCAUCCACUGCAGGAACAUCCAGUACGGCAUCAGCUUCCACAGAAGGAUUACCAUCUACUACCCAAGCACCACCAUCAGAUGGUUCAAAAAAGAAGGUUAUAUCUGCCUUAGUGUCACCGGAAUCAGUUGAUUUAUCAGUGAACGCCAAAGAUAACUCCACUGAUCAUCGAAAAGAACUUACUGAUUGUAGUGACCUGCCAAACGGAGUUUUUCUUAGAGACUUAAAAUCUUGCAACAAAUUUUACAUUUGUCUGAACGGUAAGCCCAUUUCCGGCCAAUGUCCCCGCAAUCUCAACUUUGACAUUAGGAGAAAGGUGUGCAAUUUCCCUAGUUUAGUGGAUUGCUCGGUCAAUGAAAGUCCAGAGGUUAAGAGGCCACCUAAAGAUCUCACAGAUGGUUCGGUGCCUGAAUGUAAAUCUCAACGAAAUGGGGCUUAUAUCCGUGACCCAAAGUCCUGUAGCAAAUUUUAUGUGUGCGCCAAUGGUCGUGCCUUAUCGCGACAGUGUCCCAGAGGCUUAUACUUUGAUUUCAAGUUGAAAUUCUGCAAUUAUCCAUCACUGGUUCAAUGCUUGGCAGAAGAAAGUCCAGUAGAUAAACCAAAAGCAGUAAUUGGAAGCAUCCGGAAUACCCUCAUUCCGAAGUGUGGAGAAUCAGAAGAAGGCAGGGCUUUUGGUGACGUUAAACAGCAUAAUAAAUAUUAUGUUUGUCUUAAGGGAAUGGCUGUUUUGCACUAUUGCAGUCCAGGACAAUGGUUCGAUCAUCAAAGCGAGAAAUGCACCGAUCAGCGUCUGGCCAAGAUGACUUAAAUGAAGGAAGAGCAUCUAACUAAAGUUUAAACUUUUAUCUAGGAUUAACAAUGGUGAAAGGGUAUUAUUAUUGGGUAAAGGGUAAAAUGUAAAUGCUAUAAAUAUUCAUUUAUUAAGUGGUUACUGUUUUAUAAAAUAUCUUAUAUACAUAUCUUAGCAAUCUUAUCUACGAAUUAAAAAACGAAUAAAUAAAAAAACAUGUACAUAUUUAAUAAAUUUAAUUUGGUCACCAAUAA